AAGUCACAGUUGGCCUGCAGACUGACAGGCUAUGUAGAGCGAGUGAACUGCAGCCAGUCCAGCAGAGAGGAGUACAAAAGCUGCCGCUCUGUUCUCAUGGAAGAACAUCUGUUCUGGAAGUUUGAGGCGGCCAUGUUGGCUCUGACAACCCUCUUCGCCGUCCUCGUUGUCAUCCGCCAGCGACGACUUGACCGCCUUGCCUCUGAGAAGGUCCGUCGCCAGAUUGAGUCCAUCUAGGAUACCUGGACAAGAACUAUGACUGUAGUGGUGUCUUAACAGUAGAGGGCAAAUGGACCUGCAGAGACUGUUUUCACACUUAACUCUAAAUUUGAAACAAAUAUAGGAAACAGAAAGUCUUGGCACAGAAACAAGGAUGGCUGACAUGCCCUGCCCUAAGAAAUAUGAUAAACAGGAACCAGUCAAGUCAAGGGGUGGAGUCAUGUCCGCGACAUCAUUAGAAUUAAUGAGAUUGGAGAAGAUGGAUUGCGCCUAUUGUUUCUGCUUCCUGUUUUCAAUGCCAUGGUAACCAGCAGCUCUCACCUUCUUUUUUUUUUUUUUCUUCCUUUUUUCUGGUUGUUUGGUUCUUUGCUAAAACGUUUGGAUCAAUAAAGUUAGGGGAUGAGAAUUGAUAAGAAUUUUGCAAUUCUGAUUCCAUUAUUAAUAUCACUUAUAAAUUCGUUUCCUUAUCGAUUCCUUUAUCCAUUCUCUUUGGCUCCACUUUGUGAGUCACCACCAUCUCUAAGCAGCAUAUCAAAGACACUGCAGUCACCCAAAAUUAUUACAUGCUCAGAUGUCAAAUGUGUGUGCAUGUUGCAGGUGUUUCCUCUCAUUGUUUUGAUCAGUGUUAGGGUCAAUACUCAGUCAUUCUUGCUUAUAUUACACAGAACCCUUUUAUUUUAAAAGUAAUGCAGUAUGUUACUUAAUUACACCCAGGAGAAAGACAUUUGUUAUACUACUCGUUACGUUACUGUCAUGUUAGUCUGUAAAAUAAUCUGCAACACACUAUCAUAAUUAGCAAUACAAACCUGAGGCUACAGCCCGACACACUAACACAAAUCCCUAUCCUAAUGAGGACAGCACAAAGCAAAGAUGAAAACCUUAAAGGUUUUCACAAAGAGACCUUAAAGUGAUUCUACUUUAGAAACAUGAACCAGUAAAAACGGAGGCUGCAAGUUGUGUGGGCUGGGGUCAGCAUUUACUCAGCUUUAACAUCACUCGGGGUUCUUGUUAGCUUAGUGUUAGCAUGCUGCCGAAGUUUUGUUAACGGUAUAAUGCAGUUGUUUCUGUCCUGAAGUGGUCUCCACUUUACCAUCACGCUCUCAUCCUUUGAGAACUGGUUCUCGAUUCACAUCCCUAAAUAAAGUUAUUCAGUACUUAAUUUAAUGCAGCAGAGUUCUGGUCCUUUCUUUGAAGCUUCACAUCCUGUGUAGCUGGAUGGGCAGGGCCUUUGACAUGAAUGUGGAAUUGAUAGUUGAUCAAUAGAUAUUUAAAGUGGAAAUAUGAAAUUUGCUAAUCUAAAUAAAACAUUUUCCGUUUUU